GAAUACAGACAGCUGGUUAAUUAAAAUUAUAUAUUAUCUGAGUUUCUUAUUAUCAGAUUUACUAGAAUUAGCCACAAUGGGAGAUGAUCGUGGAGGAGAUGGCCAAGCUGCUCCUUCUAAACCUGCCAGUCAUACUUUAAAACCAAACUACAUAUUGAAGUACACCCUCUCUGGUCACUCAAAGGCAAUAUCUUCCGUCAAAUUCAGUCCAACAGGAGAGUGGCUGGCAAGCUCUUCUGCAGAUAAGCUCAUCAAGAUCUGGUCUGCCUAUGAUGGCAAGUUUGAGAAGACGCUCAACGGACACAAGUUGGGUGUAAGUGAUGUGGCCUGGUCACACGAUGGGCGCCUUCUCUGCUCUGCAUCAGAUGACAAGACCGUCAAGAUGUGGGAGCUUGCAUCUGGCAAGUGUGUGAAAACCCUGAAAGGUCACAGCAACUAUGUCUUCUGCUGCAAUUUUAAUCCCCAGUCUAACCUCGUUGUUUCGGGUUCGUUCGAUGAGUCGGUGCGCGUUUGGGACAUCAAGACUGGCCGUUGCUUGAAAACAUUGCCAGCUCACAGCGACCCUGUCAGUGCUGUGAACUUCAACAGAGAUGGCACCCUCAUUGUCUCCAGCUCUUAUGAUGGGCUCUGUCGCAUCUGGGAUACGUCAUCUGGCCAGUGUCUGAAGACACUGAUAGAUGACGACAAUCCACCUGUUUCCUUUGUCAAAUUUUCACCCAACGGCAAGUACAUUCUGGCAGCAACUCUAGACAACACCCUGAAGCUCUGGGACUACAGUAAAGGCAAAUGCCUUAAGACUUACUGCGGCCACAAGAACGAAAAAUACUGCAUUUUUGCCAAUUUUUCAGUGACUGGAGGCAAGUGGAUUGUUUCUGGAAGUGAAGACAAUCUCAUCUACAUCUGGAACCUGCAAACCAAGGAAGUUGUGCAGAAACUGGAAGGACACACUGACGUGGUGCUAUGCACAGCCUGCCACCCGACACAGAACAUCAUCGCUUCAGGGGCCCUCGAGAACGACAAGACGAUCAAGCUCUGGAAAAGCGAUACUUAGCAUUUGUAUCAUCAAAUUUUUUAUUUCACUAGUGUCAUGUGUCUGUAGCUGGAUACUUUUGUUUCUCAUAUUUCAGCGCUUUUGUAUCAUCAAAUUUUUUAUUUCACUUACAAGUGUUCAGUGUCACCGUAGCUGGAUACUUAAUUUCUCACGUUUAAGCUCUUUUGUAUCUUUGAAUUUUUUGUCUCGCUUAAAAGCGUUCAGUGUUACCAUAGCUGGAUACUUUGUUUCUCAUAUUUCAGCGCUUUUGUAUCAUCAAAUUUUUUAUUUCACCUACAAGUGUUAUGCGUCACCGUAGCUGGAUACUUCGUUUCUCACGUUUCAGCUCUUUUGUAUCUUUGAAUUUUUUUAUCUCACAAGUGUAAUGUGUUACCAUAGCUGGAUACUUAGUUUCUCACGUUUAGGCUCUUUUGUACCUUUGAAUUUUUUUAUCUCACUUACAAGUGUAAUGUGUUACCAUAGCUGGGUACUUAGUUUCUCACGUUUCCGCGCUUUUGUACCUUUGAAUUUUUUUAUCUCACUUACAAGUGUAAUGUGUUACCGUUGCUGGAUACGUUGAUUCUCACGUUUCCGCGCUUAUGUACCUUCGAUUUUUUUUAUCUCUUACAAAUGCUAUGUGUCACCAUAAUACUUUGUUUCUCACGUUUCAGCUCAUUUGUACCUUCAAUUUUUUAUUUCACUUACAAGUGUAAUGUGUCACCGUAGCUGGAUACUUUGUUUCUCACGUUUCUUGUGCUUCAAAUUUUGAUCUCGCUACAACAUUUAUUGCUCAGCCUUUUUCGGUGUCUUAUUCUUUAUUAGAAAUGUAAAAAUAUCGAUUUAUAUUGAAGUAUUUUUUAUAAAAAAUGCCGUUAAAGAAUCCAGUUGAUUUGUUCUGCCUUGUGUGUGUUUUCUGACAAAUUCAUUGAUUUUUUAUUUAAUGCCGGGUUUGUCAGGGUUUUUAAAGACUCUCUAAAAUUAACGAUUAAAAUCUUUCUGAAAGAUGAGACUAAGGGUACGCACUGUGGAUAUUCUAAUUGAUAUCUAAAAGAUCUGAUGUGCUUCCAUUAUUAAUUUUUGAACCGAUUAGAUGAUUUCCAGUGAUUUUGACAACAUAUAUUCGUUGUAUUACGUUGAACUUAAUCUCAUUUGUGUUAAUGAGAACGUGUGUGAGAAUAGUGUUAUGUUUUUCUAUUUGUAUUCCGUCUCAUAUGCAGUUAUGAAUGUCUUAGUAAAAGUAGUAUUUGAUAUCAUUGAUAUGAUUUUGCUAUCAAGUCCUGCAAUGACGUACGAUUAUAACUUAAGGAUAAGUUUUAUUAUAUUGAUGUAUUUACCUGAAAUUAACUUCGAUCAGCAUUUUUUUUAUAACAUAAGAGUUAGGUGAGAAACUAGCUUAUAAGAGGUCAGGUUAAAUACGAUUUUGGCUAUCAAAAUUCCCGGUCUGUCACUGGAAAUGUAUAAAUUUUCUAUU